CUCCUUGGGACCCACGACUCAGAAAAAGUCAAUAUCUCCCACUACCUCCAGAUGCUUUUUCUCAUCGGAAAAAAAAAAGCAUUUUCUCCGUUCAGAGAGAGACCAAAAUACCCUGUUCAGUGUGUUACAUACACUUUGACGGAAAGGGUUAGCUAGCGUGACAGUGCAUUCACCUAGUGGACCAAACAAGCCACUGCACUAUCUUGUUUUUAUAUUUAUUUUCUUUUGCAUCAUUUGACCGGGGUAAUACCCUAUGACCCUCCUCUUUAUUUUCUUUAACACCUCCUCCUCUUUCUUUUCUCAGCAAGUAUGGCCGUGGAAUUCAUGAUGGGGUACAGGAACGACACUUUCGCGGAGGAUAAUGCAGUUCGUGAAGCUGCGUCGGGGCUAGAGAGCGUCGAGAAACUCAUCAAGUUGCUGUCGCAUACUCAACAACAAUACCAGACAACCUCAAAGUCUUCCAUGGAAAACAUCGACACCGACUACACAGCUGUCGCUGACGUCGCGGUUUCUAAGUUCAAGAAGGUCAUUUCGCUUCUGGGCCGCACCAGAACCGGUCACGCGCGUUUUAGAAGAGCCCCUGUGCCUGUGCCUGUGCCUGUGGCUUCACCUCCACCUUCGGAACCGAGAGUCUACCGUGCUACGCCGCUGCAGCAGAUCCCGCCACCCACCCUUCACACUCACUCUGUCACUGAACACUCUCUGAUCCCCAAAAUUGAGAGAAAGGACUCUUCCAAGACCAUUAAUUUCUCCUAUUCAAAUUCGUUUGUCUCCUCCCUCACCGCUGGCGAUACCGACACUAAACAACCGUGCUCGUCGUCGCCGUCGCCGGCCACGGCUUUUCAGAUCACGAAUCUCUCUCAGGUCUCCUCCGCCGGAAAGCCUCCUCUUUCGUCCUCUUCGUUGAAGAGGAAGUGUAGCUCUGAGAACUUGGGUUCUGCUAAGUGUGGCAGUUCCUCUAGCCGAUGCCAUUGUUCAAAGAAGAGAAAAAUGAGGCAGAAGAGGGUGGUGAGGGUACCGGCAAUAAGCUUGAAGAUGGCUGAUAUUCCACCAGACGAUUAUUCUUGGAGGAAAUACGGACAGAAACCCAUUAAAGGAUCCCCCCAUCCAAGAGGUUAUUACAAGUGCAGCAGUGUUAGAGGGUGUCCAGCGCGCAAACACGUAGAGAGGGCUCUGGAUGAUCCAUCUAUGUUGGUAGUCACCUAUGAAGGAGAGCACAAUCAUACACUCUCUGCAGCCGAAGCUACUAAUCUCAUCCUAGAAUCCUCUUAACUAAUUAAUCAUCGUUUUCCCAUCACAAAGUAUGUUCUGAUCAUGUCAUUCAUGGCUUGUACAAUUGAAAUUUUUAAUCGAGCAGAGCUUUAUCUCGAAGGAGAUUAAUUGAUGGGGGUGUUUCCAUGUUCAGAUAUCUUCUAUGCAAUAUUGGAUUCCUUUAUCUUUUCUCU